GGGACUGUAUCAACGUAUAUAGAAACAAGGCUCGUGACAGUUAGCAAACAUUAACGUUGAUCUAACUUUACAUAAUGGAGACGCCUGAAAACGCCGCAGAAACAGAUUAUAAAAUUAUAAAUAUAACCGUCACCCGCGCUAAUAACCUGCAAGGAAGUAAGGCAGAUGGCUUCCAGAGUUUUCUACAGGUUGAAUUGGAUGGAAAUGUGCUGGGAGAGUCGGACAAGAAGCAAGUCAACCCUGCGGAGCAGUGUGUUGACUAUGACUUUACCUGCAGCUUCCACUGCCCCAGUAACAAUCAGGCUCUCAGUGACAUAGCCCAUAAACCUGUCAUAUUAACAGUGAGAGAGUUCCUGCCUGAGAAGACGAGGACAUCGGUGCCAGCGAUGACACCGGCGCAGGCGAAGACACCGGUGCUGGGCCAGGCUGUGAUCGACCUGCUGCCUCUGCUGCAAGGUCAGUGCAGUUUCUCGUCCUCAGUUCCACUGAAUGCAGCGACCAGCUCUUCAGCCAAAGAGUCCCCCCCAGACCUCUGCAGCCAGAAUUUGAAGGAAGGAGUUGAGGCCAGACAGGAGCAGUUGGCAGCCCAAGGCAUUUUCAAGUGGAAGAGGAAGAGGUCGACACUGGAUGUGUGUGUCAGUGUGUCGGAGCCAAUACUGUCUGAGGCUGAACUUUCAGCCUCCAAUCUGCUGAAGGUAACCAUGGAGACAGCCUACUCCAUCCCUGAGUCAUGGGUUCUGCAAUCUGGCCCUGCGACUACUCCCUGCUCAUACACUGCUGCCCUGGAGGUCCCACUUAGUGCAGAGAAAGAUCAGGUGCUGGUGUUCUGUGAGGGGCACCUGAAGGCGGGGGGGCAGAGGGAGAAAAAAGGCCGACAGAGGAAGAGACCCCAUCAGGCCCUGCUGGUCACGGGGAACCACUUCCUACCUGAUACUUCUUUUCAGGCAGAGCCCAUCGAACAGGAGGAUGGCGAGCUGACUGGCUUAGAGGACCGGAAGUUUCGUACUGAAGCAGAGAUCACAAAGCAUAGGGUGAGCUGGGACACAGAGAUGCGCUGCUUCCUGGAUGCAAGUGGAACUACCAGGCUGCGGCAGAAGAUCACUGAGAGCAGACUGUGGCCAGUGGAGAUAAUGAGGUCGUCGGCUGUGCUCACUAAGGCAGCAGAAACCAAGCUGCCCGCUGACAAGAACCCAGAGAUCCCCUUCCAUGGCGUGGCGUUUGUGGACAUGGGUCGGCUGCUGUAUCCUGGAGUUAGCCGCAUCCGAGGAGCAUACAGCAUUCAGCCCUUCUCUGAGGCUGAGUUACUAAACAAGGCCAAGCGGAGUGUCAGUGUGUUAAAGGAGCAGGCCAAGACUGCAGCCAAACAGGUCAAAGUUCGUGCUGGCUCAGCUACAGACUCUCACAAGGGGAAGGCAGGGAAGAACUUGGAUGGAAGGGGAACGAAGGAAUCCAAGGAGGCAGCCAAAAAGCAACCUGGCAGUCAGAGCAGGCUGUCUGUAGCCGACAGCGUGGCCGAUGCCCUGGCUGAAACUGAGCCGCACCUCAGUACGGAGCAAAAUACGUAUGUGGAGGCCAGAACCUAUAUUAUCAUUGAGAUAGCCUUGGAGAAACCGCUGGUACCCAAAACAUCUCCAGAGGAGCUGGCCAGAAGGGUGAAGGCACUGAUCCCUCCCAGGCGUCCACAUCCAGCGGGUCCUAGCAGUGCAGAAAGUGCGGUGCUGGAAUACCACAGACAGAUAGGCAACAUGGUGGCCCUAAUUUCAGACCAAUAUAAGGAAUUGUUUGGAGCAGGAGCCAAGGCGUCUGAAGACUGCAGCCGGGAGCAGAUGAAGACUGAGCUAAUGGGAGCGCUUAAUGUCUCUGGGAAAUACUUCACCUUCAAGGAACAGAUAAAGCAUGCAGUGGCGGGGAUCGUACGUGACAAGAUGCAGCGGACAGAGCCAUUCACUGACCCUCAGGAGCAUAGGGCGUUUAUCAGCAAGCUCUAUGUCUACCUGGUGGAUGAGAUGCGCUUAGCUCUCAACAAGGUUUAUUCAGAUGACGUUGACGAUGACUCCGCAGACGAGAUCCAGUUGAGUUCUUCUCAGCUCCGAAAUUUUGCCAGAGAGGCUCAGCUUACUGGAGAUUAUCAGCAGGCUGUUCAGUACUACCAAGAGCUGGUGGUGAGGCACCCCAAUGAGCCCUCCCACAAGUUUGAGUGGGGAAGCCUCUACAUGCGAACUGGAGACUACACGAAGGCUCAUGAGUGUUUCCGUGACGCUGUGUCUGUCCAGCAGGCACACCUACCCAGCCUGAUGAUGUGUGGGGUGUUGGCGGCCAUGUUUGAGCAACACAAGGAGGCCCAGACCUUCCUGGAGAGAGCCAUCAGCUUAGCCCCAGACAGUGUGGUGGCCUGGACACUGCUGGGUUUACUCCAUGAGAGCCAGAGCGAAUCCAUCCUGGCUGAGAGGGCUUUCCUGGAGGCCAGAAGGCAGCUGAGGGCAAAGGAAGCAAAGAAGCAAACACAGGGGGAGGAGGAGAAGAUGAAGAGGGAGAAUGGCAAGGAGGAGAAAAAUAAGAAGGAGAAAGAGCAGCAAGAGAAGGAAGAGAUGGCCACGGCAACACGUCAGUCUCCCACUGUUAAACAAGACCCAGAGUGUGGAGCCCAGGACUCGGAGAUGCAAAGAGAGCCCCCAGUGCAGAGUGCCCGCUGCAGAUCAGCUACAUUUAAACUCUCCUCCACCAUUUUCACAGAGACGGUUCAAUUCUUGCUGCAGAACGUUGCACUGCAGAUGGCGGAGCAUGCUCUGUCCCUGGAGCUGCUGUGUUCAGACGGUGGUCGCAGUGUCUCCUAUCUUCUUCAUCUGGCCCAGUUGCAGCUGCUUAGAGCUGACUACUGCAGUGCUGCCGCCAGCCUGAGGGAGGCGCUGUUUCACAGUAACCAGGAUGCAGAUGCCUGGGCUCUGAAUGGUCACUGUCACUACCUGCGGGGGGCGCUCAGUGAUGCCCAGGAGAGCUACGAGUGGAGCCUGAUCCUUCUGCAGCAACCAUCAGACUCUCACCUUGUCCGCCUCCGCUUGGGAUCCAUCUACCUCCAGCAGGGGAAGUUUAAGGAAGCCAAAGUUACCUAUCUGCAGGCCUGUGAGCAGUCUCCGUCCUGCCUGACCUGGCUGGGCCUGGGUGCCGCCUGUUACCGGCUGGAGGAGCUGCGUGUAGCUGAGGAGGCUUUGACUGAGGCCAAUCAUUUGAACAACCAGAACGCAGAGGUGUGGGCUUACCUGUCUCUGAUCUGCCUCAGGAAUGGCAGACGAGAGGAGGCAGAGCAGUUUUAUAAAUAUGCAACACAUUUCAAGCUGCAGAAAGAGUCACUCCUCAAAGAGUUCAAUAACCUGAAGGAUCAGCUGCGUUUCAGCCAUCUGGAGUCCUGCUUUGGAACAAGCUCAUGAAUCAGAUGACCAAGUACAUGUCAUACACACACAUACAGU